AUGCAUGCACGUCUAAAUGCGCCCAGGUCUCCUUGCGAAAGUGAAAGCAUUGGUUACAGUUUAUUGUCCAUUGAGACCGAAAAGUUGCAGGGUGAUUUGGAAUCUUACCGAAGAGAUUUAGCUCGCCAAUCUGACCAAUUUGAUUUGGAGAAAAGAAUUUUUCAACAACGCGCUGCUGCCCUUGAGGAAGACAAACGCGGUCUCCAUCGCCAAGUUGAAGAAGCCUAUCUCGAAAAUCAAUCUCUUCAUGUUCAAUUGGAUCAGGCCAAGACAAGCUUAGAACAGCUCUCACUUGGCUGUGAUUCUCUUAGCAAAGAGAAGGAAGAACUUCGUCGCUCUCUAGAUGAGUUGCAAUCAGAAUUCCACAAGGAGAUGAGCCGGGCUCAACAGCAAUUGGACAUCCGCAUCCAAAAAACUUUGGAACUGGGUCUUGACAUCGAGGCAUUGAAUCACCAACUUGAAGAAACUCAAGCUGCAAAGAAGGCUUUGGAGCAGUCCAUCAAUUGUGAACUGGAGGAAGUAUCAAGUCAUUUGCAAUCGAGCAAGUUAAAAAUUGCUGGUCAGUCACUGAAGAUAACGGAAUUGGAAGGGCAGCUUGAAUGCCUCCGUACUGAGCUUCUGACCAAGAACGAAACCUUUUCAAUCUUGGAAACUGAAAAACAGCAAUUGUGUGAGACCAAACUUAGUCUGGAGCAGCAAAUGUCCGCUUUGCAAUCUGCUUUUGAGAUGUCAAAACAAGAGUUUCAAGCGCGCUUGGAAAAAGUAAACAUCGAGUUAGAAUCAGCAACUGCUCAAAUUGCAGACUUUUGCGAGGUUACUUCAUCUCUUAAAGAGCAGUUGGAAGUGGCACUGCAAGACAAGCUACAGUCAGAUAACCUCUCGUCACAACUUGAAGCUGAUAUCAACAAACUAUGCAAAGAACGUGAUAAUUUGCAAGUGGAGGUUCAACAGUUAUUGCAUUCAGCUCAGGUAUCUAGCGAAAAAUUCCAAGCUGAAAAAGAUGUUGCGUGUUAA